CACUUGAGCACACCCGAGCGUAGCGGCGAGCGGCGAGCGCGCAAGUUCUCUGUUUUUUUGGAGUGGUGGUCAGAAAUUUUGUGCAUUCUUGAAGUUUGGUGUCCCGUAGUGUAUGGUUUUGUUCUUCUUUCUGUGUAACUAUGCUUCGUACUCAGUUGGGUACGUGCGUAUGCAUCCUCCGAAGCUGCACCGCGACCACCUUGUCGCGCGUCGUGCGACACAAACAUAUCAAGACGCGAAAUCCAAUCAAAAAAGUUCGACCUCUUGCAAUCGUUCAUAAAGAACCCGAGGACGGAAUCAUGUUCAGGAAAGUAAAACUGGGAACCGACGAUCCUUCGGAACCUUACGAUGAAGAUGCCGAAGACGUUCUCAACAGACCCGAAGAAUAUUACGAUCGUCAUCAGGAAGAGCUCCGGUGGCAAAAGAGAAAGGCCAAAAAGAGCAUAAUACUCCGCAAGUACUUCAAAGUGCCGCCAGAAACUAACUUGCUUACGUGGGCGGCAAAGCAGCAGAUUCAUCAUCUUCAUACCCUGGACCCUGAAGAGUGGAGGCCCGAACGUAUCGCAGAGUGCUUCCCAAUAAGUGUGCAGGGAGCAAGGAAGCUUCUCAAGACCCAGUUCCUCGACGCCACGCCCGAGAGGAUUCGAGAGCACGACCUCGGGGUCUCGCUCAAGUGGAAGGCCCUCAAGGAAGGCCGCUUCGACGACAGGAUCUCUCCGGUCACGAGGCAGCUGUACCUGGAAGGCAAACUCAGUGAGGACCACUCUUACGGCAACAGCUCGCUACCGACGCCCCCGCCGGCAGAUGUGACCAGCAGACAGCUCCGCGUGCAGUCCAGGCACAACCGGAAACCUGGCGAAUUCAGCAGACUCAUCUCGGGCUACCUGCACCUCAAAAACAAGGAGGAGGCUUCCGACGCAGACGUUCCAAGGAGUGAGCCGCCGUAUGAAGACAGGCACCUCAAAGACCUUGAGUCGGCGACGACGCUGAAGUCGCUGAAGCGCCACGGCUCGCAUGUCCGCUUCCAGGAGUACAAGGAUGCGGCGCUUGAGAAAAUCGGCUCCGAUCCGGAGAUUGAGGGCGAGUGGUCGGCGUGGCUGCAAGAGAGGGGCAUAAACUCGCAGGCGAGCGAAGACGUAGUCGACGUUCCGAACGUUGAAGCCUUUGUAGAGUCUUCGGCGCCAAUCUCGGAGAGCCAACCGGGGUCGGUCGACGAAAUGUUUGAUAUCUACAGGGACAGGACGCUUGAGAGGACUCUUCCGGAGAACGCCCGGAAAGACCUCGAGUACCCGCUGACUGGCGAGGCACCGUUUGAGAGGCAGAUCAAGAUACCGCCGCGUCUGAGGAAGAAAAAUACCGCAUCAAUGUAUCGCGUGGGCAAGUGUUACUACGACGAAGAUGGCGAGAUCCUCUUCAAGGUUCCGUAGGCUGACUUCGAAGACUGACGGGCAUGUGUAGAGCUGUACAGCUUUCCGUUUAUUUAACGGCAAAAAGUAUAUAAAUUACCUACAAAAAUACUA